GUGCGACUGCGCACAGUCUAAUCCGCGCGGGGGGAGAGAAUUGCGCAUGCGCGCCUGUCUCCCGGGACGCUAGAGCAGGCGAUAACCGGGCUGCUCCGGUAGGUUUGGCGUGCGCGGGUUUCUGCAGAUCUAGGGCGAGCUUACACGUUACAUCACCGAUGCAUCUCUUCUUGCUUGCUUAAUUUGCCACCACUUAGGCCUUUCUUGCAGAAUUCGCCAUAUACUCCUUAAGGGCCGCAGAAUCGGAGCGACCUUGGUGACUGUCAAACUCGGCAGAUGUGCGUGCACUGGUUUGAUGCAGACGUGGUUGUAGGCGAUUUAAUUUUUCCCAGCUUUGCAGCGACUGUUGGCUUCCCAGAAGGGAUCCCCCCAGCCUCGACUGGAAGCUGAGGGACAAAAAUUCAUAAAAGCAGUUACUCUUUCCCGGUCUGGCUUCUAGAAGAGCAAGAAUAGCGAUAUGAUUACAUCUGCAGCCCUAUAAAGAUUGAUCUGUCCGUCUUUCCCUUACAGUCGUGGUGUGUUAACGUUCCUGUGUUGUUCAGUGCCAGAAUGAGUGACCGCUAUUUAGAACAAAGGAUUAGUAUCAAAUUUUGCGUGAAAUUGAACAAGUCUGCAAGUGAGACCCACCAUCUUUUAAAAGAAGCUUAUGGGGAUGAAGUCAUGUCAAGGGCCAGAGUUUUUGACUGGCACAAAAGGUUUAAAGAAGGUCGGGAAGAUGUUCGAGAUGAUGCCCGAAGUGGGCGUCCAGUCACCCACCGAACAGAUGACAAUAUCCAGAAGGUCAAGGACUUGGUUUGUUCAAACAGGCAGUUAACCGUGAGGAUGAUGGCUGAAGAGUUAAAUUUAGACAAAGAAACAGUUAGGCUCAUUUUGAAAGAAAACUUGAACAUGAGGAAGAUUUCUGCAAAAGUUAUUUCGGGUGUUUUGAAGGGUGAGCCUAAACCACAAAAACUUGACUUUCGGUCCGAUCUUUCAAAGGAAACUAGGAAAAAUAGCUCAUGUUUGAGGAAAAAGAGACAGAACCUCGCUAUGUUGCCCAGGCUGGUCUCGAACUCCUUGUCUCAAGGGAUCCUCCCACCUUGGCCUCCCAAAGCUCUGGGAUUAUCAGCAUGAGCCAUCAUGCCCAGCCAAAACCAAGACUUCAACAGUGUAAAUUCCAGUCCGAGUCCAAAGGCCGAAGAGCGAGGAGUGCUGAUGUACAAGGGCAGGAGAAGAUGGAUGGCACAGCUCAAGAAGCGAGAACCAAUUUGCCCUUCUCCUACCUUUUUGUUCUAUUCAGGUCCUCAAUGAAUUGGAUGAUGUCCAUGCACAUUAGGGAGGAGUGCCUCUUCAUUACCUGGUCUACCAAUUCAAAUGCUAAUCUCUUCCAGAAACAUCCCCACAGACACACCCAGAAAUAAUGUUUUCCCAUCUAUCUCAGUACCCCAUGAUCCAGCCAAGUGAACACAUAAAAUUGGCUGUCACAUCUCCAUUUUGUUUAUUUUACUUAUUUAUUUUAGACUAGUUAAGUUCAGUAGUGAGAAAGAGGGAAGGAAUAGAACGAGGAGUUCAAUCUGUGACUGACUGUGAACAAUCGAUUGAGAUAACUUACUACCUUUGGACCAGCCAUCUCCAUUUUAUAAAUAAGAAAACUGAAGCUCAGAAAGGUUGUCUAAACUGCCAAAGCCAUACAACUUUAAGUGCGGAAAUAGGUUUUGUGUUCGAUCUGCUUCUCUAUAAAAUCCCAUGCAGGACAUCCAGGCAUCUAAAAGGUAGCUCAGUAUCUCUGCCUUCUCUCCAUUGUUAGCAUUUAUGGGCAAUUUUUGCUGGAGCAAAUAUUCUGACAAAGAUUCCUCCCGUUUCCUAUGGGAGUAGAGAGCAAGCAGGUGAAGCCGGGCUCUCUUGAGCCUGGGAGCCCCUGGUAGGAGAAUUUGGCUGGAAAGAUGUGGAAGUCAAUAAGCAUUUCCUCCACCACCCAGAAGCAUCUCCAAGCUCAGGCAAGAGGUGGGCAGUGAAGGGGAAUACCAAGCAUCCUGCACAUCAUCUUUGACCUGCCUCAGGUAGAAGGAGGAAGCCCAGGCCAUGGCAGGACUUACCUGUUGAGUCCUGCUGGGUUUGGGCAAUGUCUCAGCAGAGACUGGCAUAGUCUCAGGCUUUUCACUUCCUUCCUUAGAUUGGGGGCGCCUCUUGCCCUGUGCAUCUUGCACAAAGCCUGGUCCUGAGUAGGUGCCCUGCAAAGAUGCAGGGGAUCAAUGGGGAUGACUGAGGUCUAACUGAAGAAAAAGAAGGCAUUUCAAGUCUCUACAGGAUGGGGACUUUAAUGAGUGUAAAUAGCUACCCUUUAUUGAGCAUUGUUUAUGUGUGGACACUUUUUAUGCAUGUAUAUUGGAAUAUUUUUAGCCGCAAGUAAUGAUAAUUAACAGUGACUUAAAUAGGUAGUUAUUUUCUGGCAUAACAAGAAUUCUAAAGGUGCUCCUUUGGUCUUUCCAUCUUGGUUACAAGAUGGCUGUGACACCCAGCCCUCACCUCCAAGGCAGGCAGGGGUUGGGAGGUGCAGACAGUUCAGACUCCACAGUCCUGUUUCAUCGGGAAAGCAAAAGCUCUCCCAGUAACUCCCAGCAGAGUUCUACUAAAUCUCAUUGGCCCAAGGGAGCUGCAGUGGUAGGUAACAAGGAGCAAAUGGCUUUUGGGUAGCCAGUCAACAGGGUCUGCCACGUGCAUAGAAAGCACAGUAUGUAUUUGGCAUGGAGUCAGUACUCAAUAAGCAUUUAGCUAUUUGGCGCGCCUGUGUGUGUUUGUGUGUCUGCGUGUGGUUAUAUGUAUAUUCUCCAUUUUCCUGAACAGUCCUUGGAAGUGGCUUCCUCCUUUACUAAUGGGACCUAACACACAGCUGGCAAAAGGCACAGGUAGAGCCACACAUCAGACUCAUUUCUUUCUGACUGAAGUCUGAGGGCUCUUUCCAUUGCCAUGCCAUGUUCCACCCUCCCCUUCAACUGCCCCUCUAAAGUCACAUCAGGUCCCAGUGGGCUUGAUGAAGAAAGAAGCGGGAAGGAGAUCAGAUCAGUACUGUUGUCCAGGCUGGAGUGCAGUGGAUUGUAGCUCACUGCAGCCUCCAUCUCCAUGGCUCAAGUGAUCCUCCUGCCUCAGCCUUCCAAGUAGCUAGGACAACAGGUGCAUGCUACCAUGCCUGGCUAAUUAAUUAAAAGAAUUUUUUUUUUGGUAGAGACAGGGUCUCACUAUGUUGCCCAGGCUGCUCUUGAACUCCUGGGCUCCAGUGAUCCUCCCCCUUCAGCCUCCCAAAGUGCUAGAAUUACAGGCAUUAGCCACCAUGCCUGGCCUGGAAAUCAGUUCAUUUUUACUUUUUUUGAGACAGGCUCUCCUUAUGUCACCGAGGCUACAGUGCAGUGGUUCAAUCACAGCUCACUGUAGCCUCUACCUCCUGGGCUCAAGUGAUCCUCCCACCUCAGCCUCCUGAGUAGCUGGGACUACAGGCAUGUAUCACCAUGCCCAGCUAAUUUUUGCAUUUUCUGUAGAGUCAGGGUUUCACCAUGUUGCCCACUCUGGUCUCAAACUCCUGGGCUCAAGCAAUCCACCCACCUAGGCCUCCCAAAAUGCUGGGACUAUAGGUGUGAGCCACCACACCUGGCCUGGAGCUCAGUUGUGAAAUAAGUUGACACCUGUCCCUGGGGCUAUCCACAGAGUAACGAUGAAGUCAUGAGAGGAGGUUCAAUAACUGUGUACUAGAGUCAUACCUCCACCUGAGUGCAGCCACUUUUAAAUGGUCAGGCUAGAAGGCUCAGCCUUUAUUCUGAUGAUGCCACUACUGCCCAGAACUCCUCUGGGACUCUCUUUACAAGUUGCAAAAGACCUCAAUCUCAUUACUGUAAUACUGCACCUCAUUUCUGACCCCAAACCCAGCUGCAGCUUCUCAUCUCACAAAUUUCAAGUGACUUUUGACUAUCGCCAAAAAUCAAAAAUCAUUCCCCGAAGACAGAGUAUAUUGUAAUUUAGAUGCAAAAGAAUGUGUUGUCUGCUUUGCAGCCAAUUUUCAAGUAAAAAAAAUGUUUAAAGUAGUGGAAGCACUGUUUAAAUAAAUAUGCCGGGCCAGGCGUGGUGGCUUACGCCUGUAAUCCCAGCACUUUAGGAGGCCAAGGCGGGUGGAUCACGAAGUCAGGAGAUCAAGACCACCCUGGCUAACACGGUGAAACCCCAUCUCUACUAAAAAUACAAAAAAUUAGCCGGGCAUGGUGGCAGGCGCCUGUAGUCCCAGCUACUGGGGAGGCUGAGGCAGGAGAAUGGCAUGAACCUGGGAGGCGGUGCUUGCAGUGAGCUGAGGUCGCACCACUGCACUCCAGCCUGGGCUACAGAGUGGGACUCUGUCUCAAAAUAAAUAAAUAAAUAAAUAAAAUUAAAUAAAUAAAUAAAUAAAUAAAUAUGCCCUCCCAGGUUGACAUCUUGGAAGAGGAUAACUCUAAGUUUGGUUGUAUAAUUUCUGCUGUGUUUAAGAAAAAUUACUUCACUUGUGAGACAUUGUGAAAAGGAUGCUGGACUUGGUAAAGAUACAAAUGGGAUUAUAAUGUUGGUCAGGUGACACAUGUUGCAUUGGUGAACUACAAAUUGAUAUUGUUUUCUCAGAGCAAUUUGGCAAUGAGCAUCACGAAGCUAUAAAGAGUUUAAACCAGGCCGGGCGCAGUGGUUCACGCCUGUAAUCCCAAUACUUUGGGAGGCCGAGGUGGGCAGAUCACAAGUCAGGAGCUCGAGACCAGCCUGGUCAACAAGGUGAAACCCCGUCUCUACUAAAAAUACAAAAAUUAGCCGGGUGUGGUAGUGCACGCCUGUAAUCCCAGCUACUCAGGAGGCUGAGGCAGGAGCAUCGCUUGAACCCAGGAGGUGGAGGUUGCAGUGAGCUGAGAUCGCACCACUGCACUCCAGCCUGGGUGACAGAGAAAGACUGCCUCUCAAAAAAAAAAAAAAAAAAAAUAGUUUAAACCAGUUGACCUAGGAAUCUUCUAGGAAGAUUUCUUAGGAAUCUUUCUUAGGAAAACAGUCAGAAAUGCAGACAAAGAUUUAUGUAACAGCUAUUCAUUGCAGACUUAUUUGUAAAAACAGUAAAAAGAAGGAAAUAACCCAAAUGUCCCACAAUGGAGAAAUUGUUAAGAAAAUUACGGCAUACUCAUUAAGUGAAAUAAUGCAGCUAUUUAAGAUGAUGUUUUUAAAGAACUGUCAAUGAUGUUUGAAGAUGUUCACAAUAAGAUAGGCGAUAAAAUCAGACUAUAAAACCACACGCAUUAUAAAGUCCCAUUUUUACCUUCUCUGUGCUAAAAAAAACCCUCAAGAUAUAUCCAAAACAUUACCAGUGGUUUGAUCUGGGUGAUGAAAUUAUAAGUGAUGUUAAAUUUGCUUCAUUAUGCUUUUAUAUAUAUAAUUUUUAUUAUUAUAACUAUAAAUAUUACUUUUGUAGUUAGAAAAUAUGUAUAAUGAACAUUUUUAAGAAAGAAA